CCGGAGGCCGAGGGAGCAUGGCGGGGACUGGGGCCACCCUGCUGCCCCUGAUCCUGCAGCUAGGGAGCCUGGCGCUGGCAGCAGCCAGAGCUGGGGACGGUGGGGCUGUCCCCAGGGAGCUCCCUGGACUUGCUGGCACCCAUGAGUACCAGCAGCAGGUCCCCUCUCACUCCUCCGGUCCUGCUGAAUCUCCCAAGGAUCAGUGUCGCCUCCUGGAGAAGCGGCUGGGGCAGCUGGAGGCUGAGGUGACUCAGCUCAGAGAGCAGAACAAGGAACUUCAGGUGAGGGUGAGGCAGUUGGAGUCCUGUGAGUGUCGCCCAGCCUCUCCCCCGUGCUGGGGACUAGGGCGUGCCUGGCCUGAGGGGGCCCGCUGGGAGCCUGACACCUGCACAGCCUGUGUCUGCCAGGAUGGGGCUGCCAGCUGUAGUCCCCAGCCCAACUUGCCCCAUUGCCAUGGCUGCACCCACAAUGGUCAGACCUACAGCCAUGGGGAGGCCUUCUCCCCAGAUGCCUGUACUACCUGCCGCUGCCUGGAAGGGACUGUCACCUGUACCUCAAAGCCUUGCCCCAAAGGACCCUGUCCGGAGCCAGGAACAUGCUGCCCACACUGUGAACCAGGCUGUCCUGGGGGCCGCAGGGCAGGAGAAACAUGGAAUCCCGAGGCCUGUGUCGUCUGCACCUGCCAGGCAGGGGUCGUGCGGUGUCAGGGGCCCUCAUGCUCCCAGCUCAACUGCCUGGAGAGCUAUACCCCACCUGGAGAAUGCUGCCCCAUCUGCCGGCCAGGCUGUGAGUAUGAGGGGAAGCUUUAUGAGGAGGGGGCCAGCUUCCUGUCCAGCUCCAACCCUUGCCUCCAAUGCUCUUGCCUGAGAAGCCUGGUUCGCUGUGUGCCCAUCAAGUGCCCACCUAGCUCCUGCCCUGAGCCAAUCCUGAAGCCUGGGCAGUGUUGCCCAGCCUGUGAAGCCCAAGGCUGCACAGAUGGUAACUCUCACAGGGACCAUGGUCAAGAGUGGACUUCAUCUGGGGAUCCCUGCCAGAUCUGCCGGUGCCUGGAGGGCCACAUCCAGUGCCGUCAGAGAGAAUGUGCCAGCCUAUGCCCAUAUCCUGCCCGGCCCCCCCCAGGCACCUGCUGCCCAGUGUGUGAUGGCUGUUUCCUAAAUGGGAGGGAGCACCGCAGCGGGGAGCCUGUGGGCUCUGGGGACCCCUGCUCUCAUUGCCAUUGUACUAAUGGGAGUGUCCAGUGUGAGUCUCUGCCCUGCCCACCUGUGCCCUGCAGACAUCCAGGCAGGAUUCCUGGACAGUGUUGCCCAGUCUGCGAUGGCUGUGAGUACCAGGGACACCAGUAUAGGAGCCAGGAGACCUUCAUGCUCCAAGAGAGUGUCCGCUGUGUCCGCUGCUCCUGCCAGGCUGGUGAGGUGUCCUGUGAAGAGCAGGAGUGCCCAGUGGCCCCCUGUGCCCUGUCUGCCUCUGGCCCCCAACUCUGCUCAGUCUGUGUGCUGAAUGAAGAGGAAUUUGCUGAGGGGGUCCAGUGGGAACCUGAUGGCCAGCCCUGCACCACCUGCUCCUGCCAAGAUGGGGUGCCAGUGUGUGGGGUUGUGCUCUGCUCCCCCACCCCCUGCCAGCACCCCACCCAGCUCUCUGGUGCCUGCUGCCCCAGCUGUGAGAACUGCAGCUACCAUGGUCAGGUGUAUGCCAACGGGCAGAACUUCACAGACCCGGACAGCCCUUGCCAUACCUGCCACUGCAAGGAUGGGACUGUGAGGUGUUCCUUGGUUGUCUGCCCUCCCACCACCUGUGCCAGGCCCCAGAGUGGCCCCAGUCAGUGCUGCCCCAGGUGCCCAGACUGCGUCCUGGAGACACAGGUCUUUGUGGAUGGCGAGAGCUUCUCCCACCCGCGAGACCCUUGCCAGGAGUGCCGGUGUCACCAAGGCCGUGCCAGCUGCCAGCCUCGUGCUUGUCCCCGGGCGCCCUGUGCCCACCCACUGCCCGGUACCUGCUGCCGGACUGACUGCAGCGGCUGCGCCUUCGGAGGGAAGGAAUACCCCGACGGGGCGGACUUCCCGCACCCCACCGACUCCUGCCGGCGGUGUCGCUGUCUGAGCGGGAACGUGCAGUGCCGGGCGCGCUGCUCACCACCGUCCUGCGCGGAGCCCGAGCUGCGGCCGGGAGAAUGCUGCCCACAGUGCCCGGAGGCCCCGGCUAGCUGUCCACAGCCUGGAGACAAUGUCCCAGCUCGCCACCAGGAGCACUUCACUCCGCCUGGCGACCCCUGCAGCCGCUGCCUCUGCCUCGAUGGCUCUGUGUCCUGCCAGCGCCUGCCCUGCCCGCCCACGCCCUGCACCCACCCACGCCGGGGGCCCUGCUGCCCCUCCUGCGACGGUUGCUUGUACCAGGGGAAGGAGUUUGGCAGCGGGGAGCGCUUCCCAUCGCCCAGCACCUCUUGCCACGUGUGCCUCUGCUGGGAGGGCAGCGUGAGCUGUGAGCCAAGGCCUUGUGGUCCUGCACAGUGUCCCUUCCCCACCAGGGAAGACUGCUGCCCUGCCUGUGACGGCUGUGAGUACCUGGGUGCCUCUUACCUGAGCAGCCAGGAGUUCCCGGAUCCCCGAGACGCCUGCAACGUGUGUACCUGCCUGGGGGGCUUUGUGACCUGCAGCCACCGGCCCUGCGAGCCUCCAGCCUGCAGCUACCCUGUCACCAUGCCUGGGCACUGCUGCCCCACCUGCCAAGGAUGCCUGUACCAUGGGGUCACCGCUGCCCCUGGAGAGACGCUUCCAGACCCCCUUGACCCCACCUGCUCCCUCUGUACCUGCCAGGAAGGUUCCAUGCGCUGCCAGAAGAAGCCAUGUCCCCCAGCGCUCUGCGCACACCCCUCGCCCGGCCCCUGCUUCUGUCCUGUCUGUCACAGCUGCCUUUCUCAGGGCCAGGAGCGCCAGGAUGGGGAGGAAUUUGAGGGCCCUGCAGGCAGCUGUGAGCGCUGCCGCUGUCAGGCUGGCCGGGUGAGCUGUGUCCGACUGCAGUGCCCUCCACUUCCCUGCCUGCUCCAGAUCACAGAACCAGGGAGCUGCUGUCCUCGCUGCCGAGGCUGCCUGGCUAAUGGGAAGGAGCAUCCCGAGGGCAGCAGCUGGGUGCCCCAUGAGAGCCCCUGCUCGUCCUGCCUGUGUCACCAGGGUGUUGUCACCUGCGCCCGCAUCCAGUGUGUCAGCCCGUGCCUCCAACCCCACCAAGGGCCCAGGGACUGCUGUCCUCGAUGCUCUGACUGUGAGCACAAGGGGCGGAAGUAUGAACCUGGAGAGAGCUUCCAGCCUGGGGCAGACCCCUGUGACGUGUGUAUCUGUGAGUCACAGCCACAGGGGCCUCCCAGUCUUCGCUGUCACCGGCGGCUGUGUCCCAGCCUGGUGGGCUGCCCGCUCAGCCAGAUCCUGCCUCCUGGGCCCCAGCACUGCUGCCCUACCUGUGCCCAGGCGCUGAGUAACUGCACGGAGGGCCUGCUGGGGUCUGAGCUGGCCCCGCCAGACGCCUGCUACACCUGCCAGUGCCAGGACCUGACAUGGCUCUGCAUUCGCCGGACCUGUCCUGAGCUCAGCUGUCCCCUGGCGGAGCGCCACACACCCCCUGGGAGCUGUUGUCCUAUGUGCCAGGAAUGUGUGGUGGAGGCCAGUGGCCAGAGACUGACAGAUGGAGAGAGCUGGCGGGACCCCCACAACCCCUGCCGAUCCUGCAGCUGCCACCGGGGCCACAUGGAGUGUCACCUGGAGAAGUGCCCGGCGCUCUCCUGUCCCCAUGGCUGGGUAAAGGUGCAUCAGGCUGGCAGCUGCUGCGAGCGAUGCCAAGCCCCCACUCAGUCGUGCCUGCACCAGGGACGCCAGGUGGCCUCAGGGGAGCACUGGGCAGUGGACACCUGUACCAGCUGCUCCUGCGUGGAUGGCACUGUGAGCUGCCACAGCCAGCGCUGCCCACCACUUUCCUGUGGCCAGGAAGAGGCGCCUGCCCUGAGUCCUGGCAGCUGCUGUCCCCGCUGCCUGCCUCGGCCUGCUUCCUGCAUGGCGUUCGGAGACCCGCACUACCGCACCUUUGAUGGCCGCCUGCUCCACUUCCAAGGCAGCUGCAGCUACGUGCUGGCCCAGGACUGCCAUGGCGGGGACUUCAGCGUGCAGGUCACCAAUGAUAACCGGGGCCACCGGGGCGUGGCCUGGACCCAGGAAGUGACUGUGCUGUUGGGAGACGUGGCCGUGCGGCUGCAGCAGGGCAGGACAGUCACAGUAGAUGGGCGCCCUGUGGCCUUGCCCUUUCUGCUGGAGCCGCUGCUGUAUGUGGAGUUUCGAGGGCGCACUGUCAUCCUGCACGCCCAGCCUGGGCUCCAGGUGCUGUGGGAUGGGCAGUCUCGGGUGGAGGUGAGUGUGCCCGGCUCCUACCGCAGCCAGACCUGCGGGCUGUGUGGGAACUUCAAUGGCUUCGCCCAGGAUGACCUCACAGGCCCUGAUGGGCUGCUCCUGCCCACUGAGGCUGCGUUUGGGAACAGCUGGCAGGUCCCGGAGGGCCCAGGGCCUGGUCGUCCCUGCUCUGCAGGCCGAGAAUUGGAUCCGUGCCGGACAGCAGGUUACCGGGCCAGGCGAGAGGCGAAUGCCCGGUGUGGGCUGCUCAAGUCCUCCCCGUUCAGUCGCUGCCAUGUUGUGGUGCCGCCAGAGCCGUUCUUUGCCGCUUGCGUGUAUGACCUGUGUGCCUGUGGCCCCGGCUCUUCCACCGACGCCUGUCUCUGUGACACUCUGGAAGCCUAUGCCAGCCACUGUCGCCAGGCCGGGGUGACGCCGACCUGGAGGGGCCCUACACUCUGUGCGGUGAGCUGCCCCCUGGACCGUGGCUUUGUGUUCGAUGAGUGUGGACCACCCUGUCCCCGCACCUGCUUCAACCAGCACGUCCCCUUGGGGGAGCUGGCAGCCCACUGCGUGAGGCCCUGCAUUCCCAGCUGCCAGUGUCCCGCGGGCCUGGUGGAGCACGAGGCCCACUGCAUCCCACCCGAGGCCUGCCCCCCUGUCCUGUUCACGGGAGGCCAGCCACCCCACACCCUGCCCAGCGCCAGCCGGGGCCAGGACGACCCCUGACCAGGACUCAUCAGGCCGUGGCAAGCAGCCACCACCUGCUCAGAGCUGUGAAGCCAGAGCCCUGCGUCCCGUGGGGACAUUGGGAGCC